AUGUCACCUCCUGUAUUAGCGGCACCAGUCUCGAGCAGACUGUUGAAACUUUACACCGCUACUUUAGACGAUUCUCUCGGGGCCCUACUGGCUUUGGUUUACGACGAAGGUUACCUUAGUCAUCGUUUAAUUCCGAUGGAAGUGAGGUAUCUUUCUAUUGAGAAACAUUGUUUGACAUUAACCUUCGCCGCUCAAAAGCUCAGACACUACAUGCUUUCUCAUAAGGUCACCAUUAUUUCGAGAUUUAAUCCGCUACAAUAUUUGAUGACUCGGCCGACACUGUCUGGAAGGUUGGCAAGAUGGUCAAUGAUAUUGUUGCAGUUUGACAUAACCUUUGUGCCCCUUCGAACUGUUAAAGGGCAAGUGUUAGCAGAUUUUCUCGCAGCGCACCCACUACCGGCCGAAUCUCCUCUCAACGACGACCUGCCAGACGAACAGAUAAUGAGCCUAGAAAUCCCCAAUAUUCAACGCUGGGAGCUGUACUUUGACGGAGCUUCAUCAGCAAGGAAAGAUAAAGGAAUGCAAACAAUAGUGCCCGGCAAAGCAGGAAUUGGACUAAUAUUCAUCACACCGGAUCGAGGAAUGUUAAGAUUUUCCUACCAUUUAACAGAUUCAUGUACAAACAACGAAGCAGAAUACGAAGCACUAAUAACAGGGCUGCAGUUAGCAAUAUCAGUGGACAUAACAGACAUCGACAUAUAUGGUGAUUCACAACUCAUAAUUCAACAAGUAGUCGGACGGUACAAGAUCCUAAAUCCCAAAUUGGAACAGUACCACCACUACACGAUGAAAUUACUAGAAAAGAUUCCCAAAGUGACAUUGUAUAGAAUUCCUCGGGGAGAGAACGCUCUUGCAGACGCUUUGGCCAAGCUCGCUAAGGAAUUUACAUGCGCAAAAGAGGACUCCAUCGACAUAACAGUUCAAGGACUCCAGGUUCUAUCCCAAAUUGACAUGGAUACUCUCCAUAGACAAGAUAAGGAAGGAGCAUUGAUAGCAGUGACUGAGUCUACAGAGGAUUGGCGCCAACCGUUUAUAGACUAUUUGCGAACAGGGCAACUACCGGAUGAUAAAUCAGCAGCACAUCAGAUACAGAAGAGAGCCUUGUCAUAUGCCAUGGUGGACAAUGUUUUAUACCGGAGAUCGUUCGAUCAAAUGUGGUUGCGAUGUUUAAGCCAGACAGAAGCACAUGAUAUUGUCAAGGAAACACAUGCAGGACUUUGUGGAGUUCACCAGUCGGGCCCGAAAAUGAAAAUGAAAAUCAAGAGAAUGGGUUACUACUGGCCAGCAAUGAUGACCGAUUGCAUGGAAACCGCUAAGAAAUGUCACCAAUGCCAAGUGCACGGAGUGGUCUUGCAUCAACCUCCGAAUGUGCUACAUCCUACAAUUGCAUCAUGGUCAUUCGAGUUGGGGCAGAGAUACAGUGGGUCCAAUAGACCCUCCGUCUUCAAAAGGCCACAGAUUCAUACUUGCAGCAACAGAUUAUUUCUCAAAAUGGGCAAAGGCAGUACCGUUAAGAGAAGUCAAAGCAGAUCAUGUCCUUCAAUUUUUCAAAGAUCAGAUUGUAUAUCAUAUUCCACAAUUUACGUUUCGUUAAACGACACGACAUUGAUUGGAGAGGCUUUUAACAAAACACUUGUGCAAAUCUUGAAAAAGACACUUGACGACAACAAGAGACGAUGGCAUGAACAGUUACUAGAAGCCUUGUGGGCAUAUAGAACAACAUUCAGAACUCCUACACAGUCCACACCAUAUGCCCUCGUGUACGGAGCCGAAGCGGUGCUUCCCCUGGAAGUACAACUCCCGUCCCUCAGGAUAGCGGUGACAAACAAGAUAACAACAGGAGAGAACGCCAAACUCCGACUCGAAGAACUUGGAAGUCUCGAGGGAAAAAGACUAUUAGCGCGACAAAAUUUGGAGUUAUACAAAGCGAAGAUGAUACAGACCCACGACAAACUG